AGGAGGAUAUCGGGGAGUGAUGGAAAGAGAGAAGGAGGGAGGGAGGGACGAGGAGGCUCCAGUAUUUUGUAAGAGAGGAAACGCAGCCGCCGAGCUGUGCUGGAAAUCAUUAAAAGUCUUGCCUGGCUGCCAGCGUGCAGAGCCCACAGAAGAGACGCGAUCCCAUUCAGCCUCCCAGCUCUGCCUAUUCCUGACCAGCGCGACCGGGAUCUUUGUGCCUCCAGAUUGGCAGAUAGGUAGGAUAAUCAGAGCUUCUACUCACAGCUUUGUAACCAAGAGUAAAGAAAACCAAACAUUUUCUUUAUUGAAUUGCACUUUUAACACUGGAACGCACCUGGAUGCCUUCUUGCCAAAGACACAUGAUAAAGAGUUGGCCAUCUAUUUUAGAUGAGUUGAAACUUGCCAUUCCAAGUGGUUUUGGAUAAGCUUGAUCGCUUGCUUCCCCAUGAAGAGUACCCUAGAAAGCAUAAUCCUCCGAAAUAGUACCUAGUGGAGAAAGAAGAAUGUUCAGUUGCACGGAUUGCUUUUGUAGGACACAAAUGGAGAGGACAUUAAGCUUCACAAAGGUUUUAAUGGCAGCUUCUUAAAAUUAUGGGAAGUGAAUUAUAUUCAAGUCUUAUAAUAAAGCAUAACGUGGACAUGUGCUAGGACCUUCCAUCUGCCCAUAGUAUGGGGUAUUUGAAGAUUUUGAGGCAUUUACUGGAACCGUCCAAUGAACAUUGAACUCAGACAUGUGUGUCCCCUCUUCCACACAUCUAUAAAAAAUUUGACUUCCUUCUAUUGAGAGGACACGUGUUAAUUUCCAAUAAGAGUUCUACACUCAAUGUAUCAAGCAGAGUGAUCACGGCAUCUGGAGAUUCUACCACUUCAUCAAGAAGAUGCCCUGAACAAUAAAGCAAGAAUCACGCUACGUCUAGCUGCAAAGCUUUUAUUGAACGUGGACAGGACCUGCUACCUUUUCCCCUUCCUUGGCUGUCUGAAUAUUAAACAGGACCAAAUGGAGUCUAUUUGCAAAACAACAGCAUGGCUUAGGGAGGAGUUGGACUCUCUGUCGCAAAAUCUUCGUAUUUUGGACUGUCGAAGCCGGGAACUCUAUGAUUCUUCGCACGUAGAGAAAGCGUUGCAUGUGGCUCUGCCUGGCUUGAUGCUACGGCGGCUGCGCAAGGGCAAUCUCUCAGCUCACUCCCUGCUCCCAGGGUCCCCUCCAACAGUAAGGGGAGUGGCCCUUUUAUACGACGAGUGCACAUCCAGCCUUGAAAGUCUUGAAGCAAGUCAAGGGGAUGAGCAAGAACCCAUUCUUGUAAUGCUUCUGCAUAAACUUAGGAAGGAAGGAUGCCAAGCUUAUUACCUUCAAGGUGGGUUCAGCAAAUUUCAAGCUGAAUUUCCUCACCAUUGUGAAACCAAUCUUGACUGCACAAGUUGUGCCAGCAACUCGCCCUUGCCUCCGACCCCAGUGCUGGGACUUGGUGGAUUGUCCAUCACUUCCGACUGCUCAGACUUUGAAUCGGACCUUGACAGGGAGCCUUUGAGUGGGGUGGAUUCUGAAGGUAUGAGCCCACGUAACCAGGCACCAUCUUUUCCUGUACAAAUCCUGCCACACCUUUACUUGGGCAGUGCAAGGGAUUCUGGGAACAUUGAAACUUUGGCUAAACUUGGCAUACGCUAUAUCCUUAACGUCACCCCGAAUCUCCCCAAUAUCUUCGAGAAGGAUGGAGAGUUUCACUACAAGCAGAUUCCUAUAUCAGACCACUGGAGCCAAAACUUAUCCCAGUUUUUUCCGGAAGCCAUUGAGUUUAUUGAUGAGGCGGCAUCUCAUAACUGCGGGGUACUCGUGCACUGUUUGGCUGGAAUCAGCAGAUCUGUCACUGUCACCGUGGCCUACCUCAUGCAGAAGCUCAACCUAUCCCUGAACGACGCCUAUGACUUUGUCAAGAGGAAAAAGACGAACAUCUCGCCAAAUUUUAACUUUAUGGGACAGUUGUUGGACUUUGAGAAGAGUCUGGGCCUCAGCAGUCCAGAAGACAAUCGGCCUCCUGGUCACUCAUUCUUUACUAGCCCUUCCAGCGAUGAGGUCUUUGAGUUGGACUCUUUGGACUCAACGUAGGAAACUAUACAGAUUUUGUUACCCUAAUUAUAUUCUGUUUGGAUACUGUAUAUCCAAUUGUUUUAUUGCCUGAGCUUAACCAGCUUUGUUAAGGCUGAAAAACUAUUAGCGUCAGCUUAGGUGUUACUUUUGGUAGAUCUUUAACAUGAACAAGAAGGAUCAAGUGCUGAUCCUCGCCUUCAAUUCAUCAAUCACAGAAUCUGCAGUAAAUUUACUGUGAAAUGCUAAAGUAUAUUUGAUGGAUGGAGGUGGUGUUGACUGCAAGAGCUCCAGGUCUUAAAAUGAAAUAAUAUAUCACCAUGUGUUGUGUAUUGUUGCAGAAUUACUGCUCAGAGUAUUCAACAAGACUUUUGGAAGCUUCUUCUGAGGCAGAGGCUCAUGACCUUGGACCUUUGUGUGCAAGUUCAUAUUACUGUUGUGUGCAGCAGCGAAUGAAUUUGUUUGUUCUGUGACCCAAUUCUUAUGAGAGCAAAAAAGAGCACCAGAUGGUCCAAAUGAAGAAUGCUCAACUGGGAACAGGAACUUAAACCAGGAACAUACCCUGCAUCUUUCAAACACAUCACGACGAGGGCUGACUCACUUGUUUUGCUCGACUGGAAUGAGAAAUUCUGUGAGUGGAAUCCAGAAGACUGCAGGAUGUGCCGAGGGAUUUCCAUCUGGAACCCAAUGCAACGGCGAAGAUCAGCUUCAUUGUACAGGAUGAUUCAGACCUGAUUGUGCUGCCCGGGAGAUAUAAAGCCAUGUAUUUCUCUUCUCUUAAGUCUGGUAUUUUACUAGAAGGCAAAUGGAGUGUCUUUGUGGGCUUUGCCCCGGGGCAGCUUAACAUUUUUAUGCCAUCGCUCUUCCCAAACCAAGAGUGAUAAAUGUUUU